AAUUUAAUUCUCCUUCAGCUUUGUACCAAAAAAAAAGGGGACAACCUUCCGCUUUCCUUUCUCAAAUGGGAAAUGAAAAAUAAAUAAACAACAAUUUAAUUCAGAAGUAGCUGAAGAAGUUCAAACUCUGUCAUCCAUUUCUCCAAAAUUGAAAAAACAAAAAAUCCUCCAUUCCAACUUCCCAUGGCAAACUUCGUCGAUACAAACUCCGGCUUUUGCUCCGAAACGAUGACGUUCCAUAGCCUCCGACCUCCCAUUCCACUCCCACUCGAAUCCGCACCCGUUUCAAUAACCGACUUCGUCUUCUCUCUGCUCCACUCGUCCCCUCCCUCCUUCACCGCCAUCGCUCUCAUCGACGCCACCACGCGUCGCAGUAUUCUCUACCCCGAAAUGAUCUCCCGCUUCGAAAACCUAGUCACCUCACUCGGCACGCACUUCGGCCUCUGCAAAGGCGAUUGUGCUUUUGUUUUCUGCUCUAACAAUAUUUACACUCCGAUUCUUUAUUUGUCUCUCUUCUCUCUCGGCGUCGUUAUCUCUCCCGUAAAUCCAGCUGCUACUGUCCCCGAGAUUCAUCACCAAAUCCGACUUUCAAAACCGGCAAUCGCUUUUGCCUCGUCGGAUUCAGCUCAUAAAAUCCCUUCGCUUAAACACGGAAUCGUUACUAUAGACUCGGUUGAAUUCGAGUCAUUAAUGGAAAGUCAAAGUGAAAAAAAUGGCAAAGAAGGAAUCAAAGUGAACCAAUCAGAUGUGGCCACGAUUCUCUAUUCGUCCGGCACAACCGGUCGGGUCAAAGGAGUUGCAUUAACUCACCGUAACUGGGUAGCGACGAUUGCCGGUGGAAUGCGUCCAGUGAGGAAUUUCCCUAUUUUUGCUUUUUGUACGGUUCCAUUAUUUCAUGCCUACGGAUUAGCAUUCAGUUUGAGGGCUUUGGCGUCGGGGGACUGCGUGGUGAUAAUGGGAGGAGGUCGGACAUUUGAUCUGAGAAAAAUGUACAGAGUUGUCGAGGAGUAUAGAGUUAGCCACUUGGCUUUGGCUCCACCUUUGGUUGUAACGAUGGUGAGGGAUGCUGAGAUAAUGUAUGCCUAUGACUUGAGCUCUCUUGAAGUUGUCGUGUGUGGAGGAGCUCAUUUGAGUAAGAGUAUGAUCCAGAGGUUGAGACAACGGUUGCCCAAAGUUCAGCUGGCGCAGUCAUAUGGGCUAACUGAAACAACGGGGCGAGUGUUUGGUACAAUGGGUCCCGACGAAAGCCGACUAGAAGGUGCGACGGGGAAGCUUAUGGCAAAUUGUGAAGCCAAAAUUGUGGAUCCUGAAACUGGUGCUGCUUUGCCUCCUUCCAUGCCUGGAGAGCUUUGGGUUAGAGGAGCUCUUGUGAUGAAGGGAUACGUUGAUGAUGAGGAGGCAACUGCUGCGACUUUGGAUACGGAGGGAUGGUUAAGAACUGGCGAUCUUUGUUAUAUUAAUAAUGAAGGUUUCCUGUUUUUUGUAGAUAGGAUAAAGGAGUUGAUCAAAUACAAAGGCUACCAGGUUGCCCCAGCUGAAUUGGAGCAUCUACUUAAUUCCUAUCCAGAUGUUGUCGAGGCUGCUGUGGUUCCGUUUCCGGAUGAGGAAGCGGGCCAGGUACCGGUGGCCUUUGUGGUCAAACAAUCAGGGAGCAGCAUUGAUGAGUCAAAACUCAAGGAUUUUGUUGCCCAACAGGUUUCUCCAUAUAAAAGAAUACGAAGAGUAAUGUUCAUUGAUUCAUUGCCAAAGAGCGCCUCAGGUAAAGUGCUGAGGAAGGAUUUGGUGAUCAAAUUGUCAAGUGCUACCUCCAAGCUGUAAUAUUCUUUUGCUUCUUUGCGUUUUUAUGAUAAAAAAAUCGCCAUAUGUUGUUUAUCUAUGUUGUAUAACCGAAGAAUUGUUGCAUGUCAUUACAAAUAAUCGAAAGUAAAAAAAUUUGCUCUUAAAAUAAUGGGAAUAUGAAAUUCUCAAUUCUAUUCCAUCUAUAAGGUAUUUUAAUUGUAAUGAAGCACAUUUCACUGCUCUAUUCGACUAAUGAAAGAAAACCAAGGAAAGGAAACGAACAAAUGUUGAAAUAAAAGUUGCAUAAGGACCCCGUCCCGCCCAAAUUGUUGUAACAGUUGGGCCAAUUCGUUGCAAGAAUUCACUGGGUAGAAAUGAAACAUAUUGCAUGCACGACAAGAGUCAAGGCCCAAGGAGUAAAAAAGUUGAUACUUCCCAGAAAAAAACAAAAGAACUGCC